AUGACUAACUUCAAAAUCAUCGCCAUUGCCACCCUCUUACCCCUUCUUCUCACUUCAACCCAAGCCACACUCCCCGGCAUCUACCCCGCAGGAGCAUGGCAGACCGCCCACGCCACCUUCUACGGCGGCAACGACGCCUCCGGAACAAUGGGAGGCGCGUGUGGGUACGGGAACUUAUACAGUCAAGGCUACGGUGUCAACACGGCGGCAUUAAGCACCGCACUAUUCAACAACGGCUUAAGCUGCGGCGCGUGUUUUGAAAUAAAGUGCGCAAAUGAUCCUAGCUGGUGCCACGCUGGCAGUCCUUCCAUAUUAGUCACUGCAACAAACUUUUGUCCACCAAAUUAUGCUUUACCAAGCGAUAACGGUGGUUGGUGUAAUCCUCCACGUCCACACUUCGAUCUCGCCAUGCCUAUGUUUCUCAAAAUCGCUCAGUAUCGCGCCGGCAUUGUUCCCGUCUCUUAUCGCCGGGUAUCAUGUAGGAAGCAAGGAGGGAUAAGAUUCACGAUCAACGGCUUUCGUUACUUUAACUUGGUUUUAAUCACCAACGUUGCGGGUGCAGGGGAUAUCGUGAAGACGAGUGUGAAAGGUUCGAAAACUGGUUGGUUGAGUAUGAGUCGUAACUGGGGGCAAAAUUGGCAAUCAAAUGUUGUUUUGGUUGGACAGACACUUUCUUUUAAGGUGACAACAAGUGACAAACGCACUUCCACUUCUUGGAAUGUUGUUCCUUCUAAUUGGCAGUUUGGUCAAACUUUCAAUGGCAACAAUUUUCAAGUCUAG